UAAAUUAUUUUUUUUGUGAUUACGUUCCGAUAGAACGGCUUUAUUUUUUUUUAAAUAUUCUUUAAUAUCUAUGAUUCUUUUCUCACAGAUCUUGUUGUCUUUUAAGACCUUUAAUAAAUUUAAUUGUUUAUCUAUUUUUCAUACACUUGAUGUGGUGGGAUGAAAAAUGGCUUCUUAUUAUGAUACAAUUUUUCGUAGAAAAAUUUCUGAAUCUACAAGUUCAGAUGAACGUAAUAGAGUCAAUGAAAUCAAAAGAGGACGUUGGGAUCAACCUGAUACCCAAAUAAAUAAUUCUGAAGAUCAUUGGGAACGAAUGGUUGAACGAGUCAGAAAUCAAAGAGGUGAAAUACAGUUUACCGAUAUACAUGGAGAUAAACCAUCACCUUUAAUAGAUUUACCUAUUGAUGCAAAUAUUUCUUCGAAUAAACCACCAGUACCAGUUAGAACAUCUCCUUUGUGGAAUGAAUUAAUGCCUCCAUUCAAUCCAUUUAAUUUAAUAAAUCCUAUGAAUGUUAUGGACUCUGCCAUGUUUAUGGGACAAUAUGGUGUCAUGGGUGGAAUGCUAACACCACCCUCAAUGAUUGUAAAUCAUACAACUCCUAGAGCACCAGACUCUAAUGUUAUUCAGACAGACAAACGUAUUAUUCAACUAGAACAGUGCACAUUGUACCCACCUCCUUCCAAUGCUCCUGCACCAACUUCUAGAGAAAAGCCUCCUGGUUGCCGAACAAUUUUUGUUGGAGGUUUACCCGAUAGCAUUACAGAAGAUAUAAUGAAAUCAAUUUUUACUAAUUAUGGAGAAAUAUUAACAAUUCGUUUAAGCAAUAGGAAAUUUUGUCAUAUACGUUUUGAGAAUGAAUGUUCUGUUAAUCUUGCAUUAGAACUUUCAGGUUAUCGAUUAGUGAUGAAAGGACAAGAACUGAUAUCUGCAUCACGUUUACAUGUAGAUUAUGCUCAAGCUCGUGAUGAUCAAUAUGAAUGGGAAAUGAAGAAAAGACACUUGAUGCGUGAAGAAAGGCGUCAGCAACAAACUCGUUCAAAUCCACCUCCAUCACCUCCUUUAAUACCACAUUUCACUGAAGCUAAAGCUUUAUCUGUUAGUGAAGAAAUUAAGGCUGAUACAUCGUUUUUAAAUGCUGUACAAGUAGUGAUUACUUGGUUAGAACGAGGUGACUGUAAUAAACGUAAUGUUAAUAUAUUUUACUCAAUUAUUCAAUCAACCAAUUCCCAUGUACGCCGUUUAUUAUCGGAAAAAAAUCAAUUUGAAGAAGAACUGCAAAAUCUCAAAGACCUCACUAAACGUCGUAUGCAAGCAAUUUUAUUGCAAUUCACCCAGAUCGAGAAAGUGUUUACUUCUGCAUCGCACAAGAAGGUUUGGGAUCAUUUCACAAAGGCGCAGCGAAAGAACAUUGAGACAUGGAAGAAGCAGGCAAUGGCCCUAUCCAAGCUGGGUAUAGAUGAUGAAGAUGAAAUAAUUGGUGGAGAUGAAAUGGAUCUUUCUGAUGAUGAAAGUAAUAUAAAAAAGACCAAAACCAAAACAGACCCUAUACAGUUACAGGACGAAAAUGACCAUCUUAAAUGUGAACUAGAAGCUUAUAAAAAUGAAAUAGGAAUGAUGAAAGCUAGUUUACAAACAUCUGAUCAAAAAGAUAUUCAAAUAAAUUAUUUACAACAACAAUUAUUAUCUACUCGACAAGUAAAUAUUGUUGGGACUUUAAUGUUUAUAGUAUUAAGGGAUUUU